AAAAUAUAUAAAAAUAACAAGAACAUUUUAUUUUCAGUGAAGUCGCGUUAGUCCGUACAAGUCACCAAAUGUCAACUGGUCACACUGACUUGCCACUUUUUCUUUGUGUAAUUUUUUGUAGUGAAAAACGGUAGAGUUUAAAGCACAGUUUACGGUUAAAUAAAGAGAACCACAAGCGUUUCCAAUGUCGGAGAACAAGGAAGACACCUUAGCCAGUUUUCAGAACAUAACGGGCAUCGACGAUGUGGGCGAGGCCUUCUCCCAUUUGGAGGCCGCCGACUGGAACCUGAUGGAUGCCCUGAGUCGGGUGAUGCCUCACGAGGACUCUCCGCUGGCCAUCCCCGUCCAGCAGUCUGAGCCUCCGGCCAGGAACCCUGUUGAGAGCACCAAUGGCUUCCGACCGCCUGGAUACGAGGAGCUCCCUGGUCCCUCUAAUGCAGCGGGAUUCUUCGGGGCCGCGUUGCAAAACCAGAACCAGAAUCUAAACCUUCAUCAGCCGCACCAUCUACAGCAGAGAUUUCCCACGUCACAAUUGCUAGCCCAGCUGACGUCCAGCAUUAACCUGGAUCCCGCAUCCAGCCAGAACAACAACCAGAACGUGAUUACCUUUAACAUUCACUUCAACCAGCAGCUGUACCAGGUCCGCUUGCCGUCGGAGGCAACAAUUGAGCAACUGAAGCGCAAAAUCUUCGAUGAGACAAGCGUGCCUGUAUGCCGACAGGCCAUUCGCGGCUGGCCGCCUUCGAAGGCCAGCGAUGCCCAGCAGCUGGGCACGCGACUCUGCAAUCUGGACCUCGCUCAGGAGAACGAACUGAUCCUGGUGGAUCUCACCGAUGACGGUUUCAUGGACACCGAACAGGAUGAUGUAACGCAACGAGUGGACAAGACCUUCACCAUUCACAUACAAUUCGAGUCGGACACCCCACUUACACUUAGCCUGCCAGGAGGAACCACAAUGCAGGCACUAAAGAUGAACGUGUACGACAUCAAAAGCAUACCAGUGCGCCACCAAGAGUGGACUGGCUGGCCCAAUGGUUGUGACAACGAAACCACUCUGGCGCAAUCUGGCAUUGAGCUGUCGCACAGGUUCGCAGUACGCAGCACAGCGCGACCAGCUCAAACGAAUUCCAACCAGCCCAACGCUUUCGAGGUGGUGACCGUGGACAGCGAGAGCUCGGCAGAUGAGUUCGAGGAUGCCACAGACUUUAACAACGCCGAGUACAUAUUCACCGAUUCACCGCCUGCUCAGCCGCUCAACAGACACUUAAUACCAAACAACACGGAUGACGAGACGAGUGGUUCCACGCAAUUUGUUGAGAACUACAAGUUGCGUUAUGGUGAUCCGCACCCCGAGUUCUUCGUAGGCAGCCUAGAAAGCGCCAAGCAGCUGGCCUGCCAAAGACCCGCGAAGGAGCGCAAGCUUCUGGCUAUUUACUUGCAUCAUGGUAAGAGCAUUCAGAUCAACGUUUUCUGUGAUCAGCUGAUGAAACACGAGAGCAUUAUCCAAACCUUCAGAGAGAAGUUUGUUCUUUACGGCUGGGAUAUGACCUACGAAAGCAACAAGGACAUGUUUCUUUCCUCGCUAACGGCUUGUAUUAGCAGCAACGCCUCGCUGACGGCCAGGAAUAUUAAGUUGGAUAAGCUGCCGGCCAUUAUGCUGGUGGGAAAGAGCCGCCAGUUAGGCAGCAACUGCGAGGUUCUAUCUGUGAUUCAUGGAAACAUUGGUCUGGAUGAUCUGCUGACGAGGCUCAUUGAAACCUGCGAGAUGUUCGAGCAGCAGCUGCAGGUGGAGAUCCGGGAAGAGGACGCACGAGCCGCUCGGGAUCAGGUUAAGGCCGAGCAGGACAUGGCCUACCAGCAAACCUUGCAGGCCGACAUGGCCAAAGAUGCGGCAAAGCGGCAAAAGGAGGCCGCCCAGUUGGCCGAGCGAAAACGCAUGGAGUCCGAGAGAGCCGAGGAAGAUGCUAGACGCGAGUCCAUUAGAUUAGUUGCUCAACAAUCCCUACCUCAGGAGCCGUCCGAACAAGUGGCGGGCACCUCUAAGAUCCGUGUGCGUAAGCCGACGGGCGAUUUUCUGGAGCGGCGCUUCUUUAUCAGCAACAACCUGCAGGAUCUGCUUAACUUUGUGACGGCCAAUGGGUUCCUUAUCGAGGAGUAUAAACUAAUCCGUAAUUGGCCACGGCGCGAUCUCACGGCAAUGGAGGGUAGCCAAACACUGGAGACGCUCAAGCUCUAUCCGCAGGAAACGGUCAUCCUGGAGGAGCGAUGAUUCCGCUCUUUAUUUUAAGGCAUUUCGUUCGAUUGGGUUUAGUUUUUGCAUUAAUAUUUGAAAACUGUAGAACUAUCUA